CCUCGGUUGGCCUCCCUGUCGGGGUUGAGAGUUGCUCUACCAAGCUAAGCUGUAUAUACAUAUAUGAUACACGUUCAGGGUCAGCUUGGGUCUGAAGUUAAUCUCCCCUGGAAGACUAGUUUGGUUCAGCGACCAGGUCUCCAUGCUGCCGCAUCUGACUUCCCCUUCUGUAGCCCAUUCACCAUGGACUCAGGAAGACAAGAAAUCUGUCCCAUUACAUUCAAUUCUGGGUUCAUCCCAUGGUGCCAGAGCUACGUUCUAUAUACAUAUGUUACAUACAAUGAGGAGCUAACUAUACGAGAGAUGUCGGGAUCUUCAAUUGUCGUAAUGCAGAGUGAUUUCCCAUCCACCCAAACUGUUAUUAACGGUUAUGCAAUUACACAAAAAAUGAAAUACUGUGAUAAUGAGUAAUUUUUAAAUUCCAAGCGAAAGUUAGAGGUUAUGUGAAACAUGGAAUAUCGACCUUCGCUUAAAAAACGAUUUAAAUGUUUGUUCCGGAUACCGUACAGAGAAAAAAAAUGUAUUUUAAAGUGAUUUACAUCAUUGUUAAGUUUACCCGAUUUGAUAUCAGAACAGCAAAUUUGCAUGUUCACGUUUCGAGGCCAA